CUAACUGUUGUUAUAUGUUUAUUAACAGAAUUAAUGAUUUAACUUGUUAAAACAAAUUUGUAGGUCUAGUGUGUUGACUCCAAAAUAAACAGUAAAUUUCAAUUUGACAACUGCUUAGUCGUGUCACGCAAAGAAGGCCAUGACUUUUUCAGUCUCUAGCUGAAAAGGGUACAUAUUUAACCCCUCACUUUGGCAGCGGAUGUCGGCAAGUGCACUAAUAUCUUAAGUGAGUAUAAUUAAUAAAAAAAAAAAUGGACCCGAGCUACAGGCAAAAAAGAGAGUGGCUCAAUAGCCGCGGCUCCGGUAAUAGUAAUGGUACCUAUGGAGACAAUAGGGAUGGCGGCUACUCCGGACAUUUGGGCGACUAUUCCGGCCAAUCGGGCGACUAUACCUGCCAAUCGGGAGGAUACUCCGGCCAACCGGGUUCCUCCCAGAUGGGUCGCAAUCUAGGCGGCUGGGCCCUCUGGAGCUCUUCGAACUCUAACUCCUUGCCUGGUCCAUCCACUGACUACCCUGCUGCCCCGCAGGUCAGGUCUCCUUGGAGUCGUAACAGAAACGAGUGGAACGACGAACAAGAGAAAGCGGGACAAAGUACCGUCAUGAACAAUCUGUCGUGGUCAGGCAAUCGCGGACCCUCCAAUCAGGGGGGCCAGUGGCAAGCCCCAAGGAUGACCCAGCGUGAGCCCCAGCCCAUGCACAUGCAAGAGGAAGAAAGGGGGCCACCGAGUCACCUUCGCGAUGCCAUAUAUGGACUUAGCGGUUCAAGGCGCAAGUGGUACCAUCGCUACGUUGAGAUGGGCUGCAAUACAGAGGAGGCUGUGACCAAGGUCUCGGAAAGACGCAUCAAUCUGGACGGCUUCAAAGGUGGGUCACUCAAAUGGUACCAUAAGUACAUAGCCAUGGGUUGCACCGAGAAAGAAGCUCGUCAAAAGGUGCUGGACUAUAGGAGAAGCAUUUCUCUCAAUCGGCCGGAGCAACCAGCUCCGUCUGAACGCAGCCGUAAACAUUCUGAGCAGUUGUCUGUUUCGGAUGAUCGUGGCCGUAAGCGUCCGAUUGAAGACAAGUCAUUUGGCGGAAGAGCCAAUAAAGAGCCUAAGAAACAGAGAAGGGCCCCAGGAGGAGGGUCGACAUCAAUGGGCUCCAGUAAGAAACGCUUCACAAUGGCCGUCUUGGCAGAAAAAUAUCCCAAAUGCGUUUUGAACAAGAAGCAGCUAUCUAAGAUCGAGGCUAGCCUCGUAGAGGAAAUGCGAAAGGGCUGGAAAACCAGCAUCAACUUUGGAGGCAUCCAAUUUCUCCCCGGACUGAUUUUGGUCACCUGUCUGGACAAAAGCUCCAGGCAGUGGCUGGAUGAGGUUGUACCGAAAAUCAAAGUGAUCCCGGGAAUCAAACUGUCGUCCUGUCCGGAGGAUGAGAUACCCGCCACCAAGGGGUUUACUAUCAUUGUGCCACGCUCUGCUGAAGAGACCGACAAAGUUACAUUUGAUCUUCUAAAAGAUCAAAAUGCAGACCUUCGGUCAAAAACUUGGCAAUUUGCCCCCUCCAUCAAGAUGAAGGACGGCAAGAUGCUGACCAUCAUCAUUGACGACAAGGCUUUGGAGCUGCUGCGGAAGAAAGGCAUGACCGUUAGCUACCGCUUUAGCCAGCUGCCAUGUCGCAUGAUCAGUGGCAAGGGUGCACUGAAAGCGGUUCGCGUGAACCAGACGGAGGCAGAGGAACCCAAAACCAAGAAACCAUCGACCGAGUCCGAUCAAAUAGACCUGACUGAGGAGGAUGGGGAAGAAUAUAUUUGUCAUCUUGAGCUUACUGUCGUUGACGAAGUUAAGGGGGACGAUGACGAUGACGAGGGAGAUGACGAUGACAUAGAAAAUAAUCAAGGUGAAGAGGAGAUAGUUGAUGGGGAGCCCGACGAAGAGCAGCUGGCGCACCACGGUGAGGAAAAUUCUGAGGAGGAGCACGGGAAGCUGGAGGGCCACGAGUUGGAGAAAAACAACGAGCAGGAGGAAGAUCAUGACCAAGAGGAUGGUCAUGACCAGGAGGAUGGUCAUGACCAGGAGGAUGGCCAUGAGGAGGAAGAAGGGAACGAGCAGGAAGAUCAUGAGCAAGAAGAAGGACACGAUGAGGAGGAAGAACCCGAGCAGGAAGAUGGUCCCGAGCAGGAAGAAGGGAACGAGCAGGAAGAUCACGAGCAGGACGAAGGUCAAGAAAAAACCAUCGCAUAAUGAGGUGCUCAUCGUAAGCAAGCAUCAUCCAGGAAAGCCAAGGCUUUAGGAAGAUCUCAAGAGACAAUUAAAUGCUUAGAAGUAAUUGUACUUAACAAUUAAUCUUUCAUAACGCACCCUAAACAUUAGAAUUUACCAGCAAGAAGCUAUUAGGACAUUCCCAUAUAUUUGGUUUUGAACCGAUUACAUGUAUAACUUGUUACUGCAGUAUCGGGACAUACUGCCCCUCCUUUUAUAUUAUAACAUCAUAUAAUGACAUACAUCCAAAGAACACUAAAAAUAAAUAUUCCUUUUGGACAAAAACAGUUGCAAACCA